UGCGCUCACAUUUUCCGACCGUGAGAGCAUCAACACAGAUGAAGAACAGCGCACAUUGGAAAAUAGAGCUUCCAGUCCGAUGUGAUCAAAGCAAAACUAAGCCUACAUUGAAAGCCCAUCCAGGUACCAAUGUGUCAGUGAUAGAUCUGUUUGAUAACAUGGCCAGCCCGACGCCACUGUGGGUGCAGGUGCAGGGCUUCAAAAAUACGUUCUAUCCAAUCAUGCAGGAGGCAUAGCAUGACGUCCAUCUUAUCUGCUUCUCACAAGGUGGUCUGAUAUGCCGAGGACUUAUUUCUACACUUCCUGACCAUAAUGUCCAGUCCUUCAUCUCCCUCUCAUCACCACAGGCUGGCCAGUAUGGAGGCCUGUGUUUUUCACGUGUGCUACUCUUCAGUGGGACAGAAAUGGUCCAUCUGAAAUUUCUGGAAUGACCCACACCAAAGAGAACGCUUCCUGAGGAGCAGCAAUUAUCUGGCCCUGCUGAAUGGAGAGAGACCACGCAGGGAAAUGACAGUGGAGGAAGAACUUCCUGCGUAUCAACAAGCUGGUGUUGAUUGGAGGACCAGAUGAUGGCGUGAUUACACCAUGGGAGUCCAGGUAUCCAUGGUCACCAUCACCACCAUUAUUUGACACUAAAUUAAUUGCCCCGUUGUAUAUCCUGCAUUCUUACACACACAUUGGUUGCAUCUCUGAGACGUAGGUUCGACACUAGUGACACUCUAUACCUAUUGGACUAACCAUUUCUGUUCUCUUCAAUCAGUCAGUUUGGAUUUUAUGACUUUAAUGAGACCAUUGUUGAGAUGAGGAACCAGGAAUGGUACGUUAGGGUUUCGUUUGGGCUGAAGACACUGCAUGCUCGUGGAGACCUGGCUGUAAUAUUGAAGAUCAUUCUGUGGACAUCAGGGGAUUUUCUAGCCUCUCCGUCUACUAUGUCCUCCAGAGGCAAAGGUGAGGAGUGUCUGGUGUGUGGGGGUGCCCUGCACGGCAACCAACGGCGAUGGCUCUUUGGGCGUCAGAACAAGAAAGAUGGUCAGCCUCAGACCCCAUCAGACUCGCUGGGCAGGGGAAGUCUCUCCAGGUCUUCUCAAAGCAGCCCCUGGGGUAGCACCAUGUCUCUUGGCUCCACGGUCUCUCUCUCGUCCCUUUCCUCACCUUCUAAAGCAAUGGACCUUCUCUCUGUGCUGACACACAUACUAGGCCAGUCCGUACCACGGGGCAGUGGGCGGGGGGAGUUCUUGUGUGGCAAAUGUGUUUCAGUUCUAGAGCGGGUUUUCAAGUUUGACUCUGUCAUUUCCAGGGUGAGGGUCUUAUCCUCUGAGAGGCUUCAGAAGUUGACCCAGGAGAGGGACAAGGUCAGGCAGUGGGUACGCAGCGCUUACCGCCAGCGAUGCCCUCAGGGUUUCCGGAUGAGGAGCAGCACUAGUGAGGAGGAUGGGGAGGGAAUGGGAAACCGAGAGGGUUACAUUGAAAUGUUGAAGGAGAACAUGGCCCUGUCAGAGUAUGAGUGUUGGUCUGAGAAAUGGGACGCAUGUCCAUACUUCAGGAGAACGGGGAAACGAUGCACGAUGGGGAAGAAUUGUGAGGGAUGUGAUUCUCUGAGGGUGUCUGACUCCGCCUAUGAGUCGGUUUGUGGGGUUCCCCGCCGCCUACCCUUCCAACCCUUUUCCCCCUUGGCUCUAUCGCGGGAUAAGUCGCAGAGCAUGCCUCUUCAUUGGUCGAGAGUGCCGUCGCUAAGCUCUAGCCCAGCGUCAUUGACUGGAUCCGCUCUCUCCUUACGAGCGUCCUCUCGCACUGAGUCCAUCCAAUCGCUGGACUCGCUGUGUUGCCGUGAUCCAUUUGAUUUCCCGGAUGAUUUGUCACUCCUGGUCCUCAGAGAGUUGAAAGGUAUUGAAGGAAAGCCUGUCAGUUCACCUUCGGGGAGUAAGAUUCCCGUUUUGGGUAAGAGGGAAGGGCGAUAUUCAGGAGAGGUAGGUGAGACAUCCUCCCCUGAGGUAACAAGGGUGCUGAAUUUUGGAGAGCGGGAGAAUGGAGGAGAGGAAGUGGACGGAGAGACAAAUGACGUUCUGACUGAAUUGAGGGACGAGUUUAUUCCACUACACAGAGAAAGCAAUACAGGUCGAGUGCACCUUGCAGUCAGACAGUUGAGAGGACAGCUUGAUCAAGCCAUGACACGCAUCAAGACCCUAGAAACUGAGCUUAAACACGGGACCAAAACCAAACCAGAAGCUAAUGUCAGUGGACCAGAGGAUUGGCUUAAGUUUCAGCAAAAGGACGGGGGAAACUUGCUACUGCAGAGUUUGGGGCAUUCGUUGCUCAGCAAAGACAGAGUUAUCCGGGAGUGCAUGUGUCUGAUCGGGAAGAUGUGCGUUGAGGUGGGGACAGGGACAGACGUGGCUGACAGACUAACACAGGCACUCGCUGACAAUCUGAAACAAACUCUCUCCGACAAUAAGCUAGCCCUGGAGGCUCUGCUCUCUGAGGUGAGUGAGAGGGAGAAGAGGAUGGAGAGCGAGAUGGAGGCACUGAAGAAGGCCGGGAGAGACCAGGAGAAAGACCUCUCCACACUCAACGCUGUGCUCCAAUGUAACCAAGACAUCAUCAAUGAACUGAGAGUGGAGCUGGUUGAGAAGGAGCGAGUGCAGCGGGAGGUGCAGAAGGAGAGGGAAGUGUGGAGACAGCGGGACCAGGCCCUCACAGCAGUCCUACAGGAAAAGAGUCACUUCUCCUCUGCCUGAAGGAGGCACUAAAGAGCUCUCAGAAAGACAUUCAGGCACUGUCAGACUCUGUGAUUAGCCAAGGGGUGUCAGGAGGUGGGGCUGAGGGGGCUCUGGCCUCUCAGCUGAAGGAGAAGGAGAGCCUAGUGAUAGCCUGGUUACAGGACAGAGAGGAGCACAGCGCCGCCAUGUUCCGGGAGUUCUCCAAGCUCACCACCGCCCUGCAGGACUAUCAGGGUAUAGUGCAGGUGCAGCAGCAGAAUCAUAGUCAGACGGUGUCUUCACUGUCAAAGCAACUCAACGACACACGCAACGACCUGAGGGAGAGCGGGAAGGAGAACAAGGAGGCACAGCGAGCCUGGCGGAGCGAAAUGGAUGACAAAGAGAGGGA